AUGCUUCAUACUAGACCAACCCUUCCAUCAGCUCCCGCAUCCCCCAUCCAACAAAACCGCCCCGUCAACGAACCAUCUCCACAUAACCUACAAACUACGCAUGCUACCCACGCCGCCGUCCCAUCGACCAACAAGCAGCGUGCCCACGAUCCCAAACCGCAUUCGUCCCAGCCGAUCAAACAUAGCGUUCCACGUUUGAACCACACCACACCCCUCACCCACUCGUUCCAUCGCAACGUUGCCUUCGUUCCCCUCUUGCACCCCCCACAACCGGAAAUAGUCGUCAGCCACCCAAAGUUUUCGGUCGCAAUUCUUUCUCCUAGCGAAGCCGAACCUUCACUCCAGACUGAUCUAGCGGUUUUUUUCUCUGCUGGAGACGCAUGCAUGUGUUCUACCACCGAACUGGUGGCUUGCUGCAGAGCUGAUGGCUAG